CAACAACCUCAAAAGCAACGCAACAGAGCUGGACAAUCUGCCAGAAUCACGACUACCCUCCCUCUCUAAACUUCUUCGUCGUGAUCUCCAGAUCUCAAUACACCUACUGCAGCUCCUACAUACCUCCCACCGAUUUGCGCGUUACGCUGCGCCCAUGAAAACCGUACACCACCCUCGACUCUUCUGGAUUAGCAUACAUAGCACAAGGAAUCAAGAUGCCUCCUCCGAUGCAGCGCUUCGGCGGCGCACCCAAUAAUCUGGCCUCUCACUACCAACAGUACCCUUCGCACUCGCAGGCACACAGCGCUGGGCUGCCACCGCCCUCCCUCGCGUCUAACCCGGGAGGGUUCAUGAACGCGAAUUCCAUGAGCAACCCUUUCUCAAUGAAUGGCAAUGCCCUCAGUCUCUCUGGAGGCUUUGGAGGUGCUGGGCUAGGGAUGCCUGGGGGGACUGGUCUGGCUAGUCAAGCUGCGCAGAUGGGUUUUGCGAAUGCGAAUAAUCAAAGUCAUAAUGGGAUGGAUCAUCCAGCGAGAGCCGCUGGAAAUAAGAACAGGAUACGAGAUGUGUGGGCGGGAAACCUGAAAGAGGAGAUGGCUGUCUUGCGGUGCCUUGUGGAUAAGUUCCCUUACAUUGCAAUGGAUACUGAAUUUCCUGGACUCGUUGCACGACCAAUGGGGGCCUUUAAUGGCAAGAGUGAUUAUCAUUAUCAAUGUCUGCGAUGCAAUGUCGAUCUACUCAAAAUACUCCAGCUCGGGAUAACAAUCUUCACGGAAGAUGGCGAGUCCCCACCAACUACGAUGUCUGCGGCGGACUUGGGCCUUGAUACAACACAAGAUGAGACAAGGAAGUUUGCCAAUGCUAUUGUGCCGAUUCCUACAACUUGGCAAUUCAAUUUCAAGUUUUCACUGGAAGAAGACAUGUACUCUGAAGUGUCAAUCGAAGCAUUGAGAAUAGCGGGGGUGGACUUCCCAAGACUAAAUACCGAGGGAAUCGAACCAGAUGAUUUCGGAUCCCUUCUUAUGAGCUCUGGUCUUGUGUGCGAGGAAGAUGUACAUUGGAUAUCAUUCCACGGUGGCUACGAUUUCGGAUAUCUCACUAAGCUCCUCCUCAUCGAACCCCUCCCCGACGAUGAGUUCGAAUUCGAUAGGUUCAUGAAGAAGUUCUUUCCUAGCAUUUAUGACAUCAAAUUUCUCAUGAAAUCUGCCAUCAGACAACACACCCUGGGCCACGUUACUCCACUUGAUGGUCAGAGUGCUGAAGUACUGCAAAAAUUUGAACAGAAGUCGGGACUGGAAAAUCUGGCCGACACCCUGAAGGUCAAGAGGCAAGGUGUUGCACAUCAAGCUGGCUCCGAUUCGCUGUUGACAGGCAAGGUCUUUUUCAAGAUGAGGGAGCGCAUCUUCAAUGGCGAGCUCAGUGAUGAACACCUUGGAAAGGUGUGGGGCCUUGGUUUCCCAGAGUACACGGCUCCAAACGCACAUAUUCACUCAGCGCCAUCAUACCAUCACCAGCAAGAGAAUAUCACUCCUGGACAGAACGGCAACGGCUACACCAAUGGAGGACCAAGCACACCAAAUACAGGCAACGCCGGACUCGCAAGCACACCAGGACACAACAGCAACGGCGGCAUUAUGGGACCGCAAACACCAGGGGCUACUGGUGCGUUCGGAGCUUUCCAGUACAGCAGUAGAUAGUCGUCGCUUGCGUUGAUUUGAGUAUGUUUUUUGGCAGGUUCUAGGGUGCGGAACGGUAUUCUCAAGGACAAAGAAAAAAUGACUGGGGUUGUAGGUGAGGCAUUGGAGGUCUCACACUGAUCGAUCGGAGUUUAUCUGGCGUGGCGUACACAGUCGAGUUCAUUGAUUUGGAGGAGUUCGAUGGGUUUGGCUGGUUGCCUUUGUGUGUUAGUGUACAUUAUGGAAUAGAUACAGUGCAUCGCCCUGAAGUUGACCUUUUUGUACAAACCCCAAUCACAAAUCGAGAGCAUCAGCCACAAUGUUGCUUUCUGCGCCACAUGCUAUGUGGAUGCGGGGUACAAUGCGGGAGCUUGACCCAAACCUCUCAUUGAGAAUUGAUAACCAAAGAAU